GAUUACUCGAUUGGGUGAAACUGCGGCUGAGCCUCCCGGAUAGGUAAAGUACCAUCGAGAUUUCAGGCUAGAAAAUUUAUCUCUUUCGUGUUUAUACUUCCCUCACUAAGUUCUAACGCAACCCUUCACAAUGAGCGCUGGUCAAAUGGAUCGUGGUGUCAGGUUAGAUGGCGGCCAGGAACGCGACUACAACCAUUCCACCGAUAGCCAGUAUCAUAACCUUCGUAAGCAAGCAGACCAGGCGUACCAGAAACGGAGCAACCUCUCGCAGCAAUCUCAACAGGCCUACAAGCUGGGAGACAAGGCCAGAGCGCACCAGUUAUCCGAAGAAGCCAAGAAGCAGCUUGAAAUUGCCGACGACUUCAACGGCCAAGCCGCGGAGUAUGUGUUCCGUGAAAACAACGCAGACUCCUCCUCCAACGAAAUUGACUUGCACGGUCUUUAUGUGAAGGAGGCCGUCUACAUCUUGAGAAAGCGCAUCGACUGGGCCUCCCAGCACAACCAGUCGCAGUUGAGGGUUAUCGUGGGUAAGGGCUUGCACUCUGCAAACGGAGUGGCGAAGAUUAAGCCAGCGGUAGAGGAGUUGUGCGAGCAGUCUAACUUGAAGCACUAUAUUGAUCACAAGAAUGCCGGUGUCCUUGUCAUUGAGUUGGAUCCAGGUGCGCCGAACAUGCCACAAGCUGCUUAUCACUCGCAACAGCAGCCACAGUAUGGCAAUGCUCAGUCUCACGCUGCGCAUAACAAUAACUACAACCAACAACAAAAUAACAACGGUUCGAACGAUCUCGUCACCACCUUGUUCAAGAUCUUGUGCCAGUGUAUCAACUCCAAAUAGACGUGACGGGUCCGUCUUUUCUACUAUUUGGGGUGGUUUUGAUUAAUUUUCCCUGGUUCUGUCCUGGUCUUUCCUUUCAAUAUACGCACUAUUUCCUAGCGUGAGUAAUGACUAGUAAAAGAAAAGUGGUUAAAAGCGUAGUAUGAGUGGAGAAGGAGCACACAGGAUAAUGACCGCUUGCCCUUUACGAGGUCUAAUCUUGAGUCAGACACCUUAGACUACUCGGCCGAACUUCCAUCUGAUAUGUCAAGGGUUCAUCUUGGCCUGAUUGGCUUUCCCAACCGGUGUCUACCGGGUUGGAUUAACUGUGGUUCAAACAUGC